AGUCAUUCAGUUCAGCUUUAGUUGAUAUUCAGUGCUUGUGAUGUAUAGUCGUAAAGUUGAUAGUGAAAUAUUUUACGAUCGCCGCGAAUCGGUCGGAAGUUAUCGAAAGUCUUCUUUGGGAAGUGAUUAUGGAAGUUUAAAAGAUGACUCAUCAUCAGCUUCUUCGUCUUCAUCUUCGGAUCACUAUAAUCCUACGUUACGUUUGUUGCAAAUACCAAGAUCAUCGAAUGGUUCUAUGGGCUUUCAUUUGACGCGAAGCAAGUGGGAUCCAUAUCCGUGGGUCAACUACUUCUUUCAGAUAAGUGCCGUGGAUUCAAACACACCAGCCAAGUUUCAUGGUUUGAAGGCCGGUGAUUGUGUCUUAGAGGUCAAUGGUGAGGACGUCCUUGGUAUGCGCCUAUCGGAAAUAGCUGAAUUGGUCAACUGUGAAACUAAGUCUAUUGACAAUGUGUCCCUUCUCCUUUGGAGUCCUGGAAUUGAUAUUAAUUGUAAUCCAACGAAUCUAUGUUGCGGACCGAUGCCGUUGAAUUUAGAACGCCUCACGGCGUUUACACAAACAAUCCUGGCAAUAAUCGAAUGUCCCGUCUGCCUGGAAACAAUAGUACCACCAAUUCUGCAGUGCCAGAAUGGCCAUAUCCUCUGCGUAAAAUGUCGCAUCCUUUCGCAUACUUGCCCUGUGUGCCGGCAACAUUUCUACCCUGGUCGAUCCUUAGUAGCCGAACAGAUUUACAAUUCCAUCAUGGGCACAUUUAAUUUACGCAACCCGGACAAAUCGCAAUCCCAAUUGCAAGGCUGCAACGGCCAACAACUCUUCGGAGCCAAAUACAAAAGGUCCUCAUCCAUAUCGAGAUCGACUACAACUUCGUCAUCGACAAAGGACGAAAGACGACAACGACAACGACGCGAAAAGCAACAGCACAAUAGCAUCCGUCUAAAACGAAAACCUCCUCCGCAUGAAGUCAAUAAAUUCGAAUCACAGCAACCCUCGACAAAUAAAUUUUUGGCCAAGUUAUUGGGCAGAGCUUAUUCAACGGAUAACCUAAGCUCACCCUGCAGUCCUCAUCGUCGUCGGCGGCGGCGUUGCAGUCGUCGGCAAUCAGCGCCCCUAUUGUCUUUGACAAGGCUAACUAUGGGAAGGAUUGCGAAUGACAUCGUUGGCGGUGAGAACAGCGUCGACGACGACGAUGGUGACGGUGACUAUGCCGACAACGACGACGACAGUGGCAGAGGCAGAAGCAGAAGCAAAGCCAAUUUCAAUAGCAGCAUAGAUUUCGAUAAGCAAUUAGAGUUUGGGUAUCAACGCAAGCCAGUUCCAGUUGCCUGCGAGCCACACCACCGCCACCGCUCCGUUGCGAUUUCAAAGCAGUUCUCCUUAUCGGGACAAGAUUUAUCAAAAAAGGAUAACGACGGAUUAAUUGCCAUCCAACACGAGUGUCUUUCGACGAAUCGACUGCAAUACCUUUGGCUCGAUCGAAAUUCAGUCCAAAUGGCUUUACUACCAAUUUUUCCACUGCUGCUAGCGUCAUCACCACCAGCGCUCACACUUAACACAGGCCGACGUGAAAUAUCAGCUACGGCUAGCUGUGCGAAACAUUUGAAGGAUAGACGGUCUCCUCGAGAGUCAACAAAACAAAUAUCCUGUUGCACAUCAUCAUCAUCAGGACCAGAACUAGAACCAGAACAACCCAUCUUCUUUUGCCCACUCAGUUGUGGUAAACAAUUUAGUGGACCAAACCUACAGCAACAUAUCAAAGUGGAUCAUUUUGCACCAAUUUUAUGCUAUAACAGUUCAAGUGCCGAACUCGCUUUGCCUUUGAGAGCUCCACUCGAUAAAGCUGCAGUACUUCUGAUGUGCGAUGGCAAGGACUUCUGGAUAAAAUUAAGGACACAUGGGGAGGAAAACAUUACCGCGUUAGCACUUUUUCAAGGAUCUGAAGAUGAAAGUUCAGAUUUUAUGAUGGAAACUCGAUUAAGAAUUCGACCCGGCAAAGACCAAAAAGAUGGUGAUGAUGAUGAUGAAGAUGACAGAGACGAGAAAGACAACGACAACGACAACGAAAAAGAAGACGGAGUUAGAGACGGAGACGGAGACGAUGGCUAUGUCAAAAUUGUCGUCAACAAUGAUAAUAGGAUACUCGAGCGAGAACUGAUAACGAGGUCAAUUGUUCGUUCAAUGAUGAAAGUUACAACGUUGUCGUCGUCCUCCUCGUCUUCCUCGUCCUCGUCGUCGUCGUCGUCGUUGUACUCGUCCUCGUCUAUUGAGGAAGAAACUUAUGUUGGGCUUGGUAAUGAUAAAGGCGACGAUGAUGACGAUUUAGGAGUAGGAGAUGUGGAGAAAUGUAGAGAUUUUUUGUAUAAUCAAAAAAAUAUUCGAAUGAUUUUUGGCGACAAAGGUAUUGACAAGCAAAAUCUUUUUCUUAAAAUUAUCAUUAAGAGAAGAUAAGGAAGAAUAUAAGAUGGAAGAGACAAAAGUUUAAAGUGGAAAUAAAGUAAUUAAUUUAUUUUUGUAAA